AUGGCUACCGAGAAAAAGUGUGCCCCCGUACGGACCGCGAACGAAAGAGUUCGCGUAUGGGACCACCCUCCAGCAAUGAAGAUGGUGGUUGCCGCUAUCGUGGCACUGAAGGAGAAAAACGGUUCGUCUAGUCAAGCCAUCAGAAAGUACAUCAAGGACACAUUCCAAGUCGACAUGGACAGGCAGGCCGUUUUCAUCCGAAAGGCCCUCAAUACCGGUGUACAGCAGGGAGUUCUUAUCCAGACCAAGGGCACAGGAGCUUCAGGUUCAUUCAAAUUGGACCCAGCAAUGGACAAGACUAAGGAAAAGGCGAAGAAGGUCAAACAACGAGACAAGGUCAAGAAGAAAAAGAAGGAGCAAGCAAAGAAGGCAAAGCUGAAAGCCCAGAAAGCCAAGUCAAUUCAAUGCACAUUUGUUUUUGAUGUCAAGAAGGAGAAGACCAAGAAAGCCAAUAAUAACAAAAAAGAAGUCUCCAAAGAAAAUCGUCAAGAAGACACACACCAAGAAAGUUGCAGCCAAGAAAGAGCGGCCAAGCCAGCCAAGAAAGACACGAAGCCCAGCAAAGCCGCAAAGAGUCCAAAGCCAAAGGCGAAGAAGGUCACCGAAAGCAUGCAGCAAAGCCGAUCGACCACCAACAAACCUAAGAAGUGA